AUGCACGGUGUAAAUGCUAUUUCAAGAUCACCAUCAAUCAUGAACCAUAAAACUAUAAUACAAAAAUCCAGUCGCCUCCCCGACAAACCUCCAAGUGUUGGUCACAUAUCCUUUAUGGACGAGCCGAAGCGUCGCAGCUACCAAUACUUUCACAGCGAACCUUGCUCCUCCUCUUACAGCUUUUACGAUCAGGCUGGCAUGGACAUCAUCAAGUGUCAUUGCGCGGACUUUUCAGGCUCCGAGUCGAAUAUGUCGCCCAAGUCCAAUAUUAAACUGAACUUGCACAGAUGCGAGGCUUACUUUAACAAGGAAAGGGCUAAAACGAGGUACAUAUAG